AUGAGUGAAAACACUGACGAUUACUCGUACGACUACGAGUAUCUUUACAAGAUUGUGUUGAUUGGAGACUCAGGAGUUGGUAAGUCCAACUUGUUGUCACGUUUCACCAGAGACGAGUUCAACUUGGAGUCUAGAUCGACGAUCGGUGUUGAGUUUGCCACCAGAACAUUGGAGAUCGAUGGCAAGAGAGUCAAGGCUCAGAUUUGGGACACCGCUGGCCAAGAGAGAUACCGUGCCAUCACAUCCGCAUACUACAGAGGAGCAGUGGGUGCUUUGAUUGUGUACGACAUCUCCAAGACCGAGUCAUACGAGUCUGUGUCUAGAUGGUUGAAGGAACUUAAAGAGCACGCUGAUGCCAACAUUGUCAUCGAGUUGGUGGGCAACAAGUCCGAUUUGGACCACUUGCGUGCGGUGCCUACGGAGGAAGCCAAGAGCUUCGCCACGGAGAACAGCUUGUUGUUCACCGAGGCCUCGGCCUUGUCGUCUGAUAACGUGGAUUUAUCGUUCCACCAGUUGUUGAAGAACAUUUACGAGAUGAUUAGCAAGCAUCAGUUGGACACCAACGAAAACGUGUCUUCCGUGAGACCAUCGGGAGGACCUACCAUUUCGUUGACACCUGCGCCACAGGAGAAGCGCAGCAAGAAUAAUUCCAACUGUUGUUAG